GAAGAUAUUUAAUAUUGUUUAUAAAUGCAGUUGUUAUAAAACAUACACAUUCUAAAGUGUUAAAAUUAAAUCAGAAGUAUGUAUAUACAUGCUUGCAACCUUUUAACUAUUUAAUCCAUAAAGGAUAAGCUAUUCAGGCGUGUUGUUCUAAUUUACACCUAACAAAUGCUACUUUAUCGGAUUAAAAUGUCUAUGUUCAUGUAAAUACAGCCAUAAUAUCAGAGUAAAUGUGCCGAGAUUCGCGUAAAAACAGCCAUUGCCUUGUUAUAUAACAGAUGAUGAUGAUGAUGAUGAUGCGGAGCAUUGUCCUCUUUAUGAUAUUCCUGGGGGUAGAGAGUUACAAUGUUACCCACCAAAAUCAGCUCAACACAGACUUGUUAACUGGAUACGACAGAAGAGUAAGACCGGACGCCGGUAGCACACCUACAAAUAUAUCGGUUUCUUUCAUUGCCACCUCUCUCAAAGAAUUUUCAGAAAGCGAGGGAAAAAUAGCUUUAGUGGGAUCCUUCGUAUUCCAUUGGAUUGACCAGAGGUUUGUGUGGAAUGCAGCAUCCUAUGGUAACGACCUUCACAAAACUGUCUUUUAUGUCAAGGACAUAUGGGUACCAAGGUUGGUGAAUAUGAAUCCAUUCGAUUCCGUCCGGAUGUUUGGAGUGAGUGAGAUGUUGUGCCAUAUCUCUGAAUUUGGAGAAGUGUACUUUUUCGUUCCGGACAUGUUCCAAUCCACUUGUGACGCGGAUGUGACGAAAUAUCCAUUUGAUUCCCAAACUUGCUCUCUACGUUAUUACGUUCCUGGCUAUUAUAUUUACGAUAUCAACAUUAUUCCUGUAUUAUCUUCUUUUGAUAUGCGACUGUAUGAAGAAAACGGACUCUGGAAAAUCACGAAAACAUCCGUUACAGUGAAAACAGAUGCUUCGCUAUUUCAAAUUUUGAAACUUACAGUAAACAUGGAGAGACGGACGACUUACUACAUAGCCGGUCUUCUUCUUCCAAUUCUAUUAAUGAAUACCAUUCAACUGCUCGUGUUUAUAAUUCCGGUCGAAUCCGGGGAACGCAUAGGCUACUCUAUUACCGUGUUAUUGGCGAUUGCGGUUUUUCUUACUAUAAUUCAAGACAAACUUCCGGAAUCGUCUGAGCCGAACGUAUCCCUUCUCACUUACAAACUCCUGGUGGACAUGGUCAUUGGCUGUGGCAUGAUCUUCGCUGUCGUUAUUGGCUUGAGAUUCUACCUCCGGACCGAGGAAACUCCGAUCUCCGGAUGUGCGCAAUGCUUCGCUCGUUGCUUUUACUCCAAACACACGAAUCAAGUAGUCGUUCUUGAGAAGGAGGAGAAUCUUUCUUCAUCGGGAAAUGUUAAAUGGCAUGACGUGGGGAAAGCAUUUGAUCGAUUUUGCUUACUUCUGUUUAUUUCAUCACUUAUUUUGAAUAAUGGUAUUUAUUUUCUGGCCGUAUGUCUUUGAGAACUUUUAUAUCAUAUUCUAAUGGAUUUUAUCACAAUAGCUAAAUUAGAAUGUAUAGCCUACCAUUUUUUAAAUCAUAUCUUAGAUAUUAAAGAAAAAAAUUCUUUCAAGCGAAACUGUGUACGUCAUUUUUAGGAUAAAUAUAUCAUUAUUACAAGCAACCAUGCAGGAUGCAGUUAUAUGAUACGAAAGUUAAAGUAGCUGCGCACUUCUUUUGAACCACUAUGCAUCAGAAGUGCUCUGAAGCAUUAAGUGAGCGUCAGAUUUACAUAAUGUAAUGUUUCAAGGCAUUUCCCCCUAACUAUGGUGGAAGAUUAAGUGAAAAAACUGCUAAUUAGGUGCAUCAUUCUGUAAACAAUGAAUUUUGAAGUUACGGAACAGUGGCGUUUCGUCACCGCGCGAAAUUUUACAACGAGCUUUAGACCUACAGUGUUCU